AUGUCUGCGACCCAGCUGCUUAACCCCAAGGCCGAGUCCCGGCGACGUGGAGAGGCGUUGAAGGUCAACAUCAGCGCUGGAGAGGGUCUCCAGGAUGUCCUCAAGUCGAACUUGGGUCCCUCGGGAACCCUGAAGAUGCUGGUGGAUGGUGCCGGCGGAAUCAAAUUGACCAAGGACGGAAAUGUUUUGUUGCGUGAAAUGCAAAUUCAAAACCCCACGGCCGUUAUGAUUGCUCGUGCGGCAACUGCCCAGGACGACAUCACGGGUGAUGGUACGACAUCGGUCGUUCUCUCGGUUGGAGAGCUCCUGAAGCAGGCAGACCGCCACAUCUCCGAGGGUCUUCACCCCCGUGUGAUCACCGACGGCUACGAGAUUGCGAAGACUGAGGCUUUGAAGUUCCUCGACAACUUCAAGCUUGAGCGAACCAUUGACCGCGAGCUCCUCCUCUCCGUCGCUCGCACAUCUCUUUCCACCAAGUUGAACAAUGCCCUCGCCGAGAAGCUCACCCCCGAUAUUGUCGAUGCCGUCCUUGCUAUCCACCGUGCCCCCGAGAAGCCCGACUUGCACAUGAUUGAGAUUAUGACCAUGCAGCACCGCACAUCAUCCGAUACCCAGCUGAUCCGUGGUCUGGCUCUGGACCACGGUGCUCGUCACCCCGAUAUGCCGAAGCGUGUGGAGAACGCCUUCAUCUUGACGCUCAAUGUCAGUCUGGAGUACGAGAAGUCCGAGAUUAACUCUGGCUUCUAUUACUCUAGCGCUGAGCAGAGAGACAAGUUGGUGGAGAGCGAGCGCAAGUUCGUUGAUGCGAAGCUGCAGAAGAUUGUGGAUCUCAAGAAGCAAGUUUGCGGCAACGACCCCAAGAAGGGUUUCGUUGUGAUCAACCAGAAGGGUAUCGAUCCCCUGAGCCUGGAUAUCCUCGUCAAGAACGGCAUCAUGGCUCUGCGGAGAGCUAAGCGGAGAAACAUGGAGCGUCUGCAGCUGGUUUGCGGUGGUGUCGCCCAGAACAGUGUUGAGGAUAUGACGCCCGAUGUCCUCGGAUGGGCCGGCCUGGUCUACGAGCACCAGCUCGGUGAGGAGAAGUACACCUUCGUCGAGGAGGUCAAGGACCCCAAGUCCGUGACCAUCCUUAUCAAGGGCCCCAACGCCCACACUAUUGCUCAGGUCAAGGACGCCGUCCGUGACGGUCUCCGGUCCGUUUACAACACGAUCGUCGACGGCUGCGUGAUUCCCGGAGCUGGUGCUUUCCAGGUCGCCUGCGCCCAACACUUGAAAUCCGACAGCUUCACCAAGACCGUGAAGGGCAAGGCCAAGUGGGGUGUUGAGGCUUUCGCCGAUGCUCUUUUGAUUAUUCCCAAGACCCUCGCCGCCAACUCUGGCCACGAUGUCCAGGAUUCCCUGGCCGCGAUGCAGGAUGAGGGUAAGGAUGGUGUUGUCGUCGGAUUGGACCUGAACACUGGUCUUCCGAUGGACCCCGUCCAAGCCGGUGUCUUCGACUCUUACCGUGUUCUGCGGAACUGCGUUGCCUCCAGCACUGGUAUCGCAUCUAACCUUCUCCUCUGCGACGAGCUCCUGAAGGCUCGGCAGAUGAGCAAGUCGAGUGGUCCCGGUGGUAUGGAAGAGUAA